AUGUCCUUCCAACUCCCAGCAGGCAUGCGGCCCGCCCCUCCUCCCGGCCAGGGCGGUAACGGCGGCAACGGCGGCAACGACGAAGAGCGCGCCGCUCAGCAGCAGCAGCGCGAGGAGAUGAAGCGCACCAUGAUCGCCGCCAUGCUGGAGCCCGAGGCUCGCGAGCGUCUCUCGCGUAUAUCCCUCACCCGCCCCCAGCUUGCUUCGCAGGUCGAGGAGCUUCUCGUGCGCAUGGGCCAGGGAGGCCAGAUUCGCGGCAAGGUCAGCGACGAGCAGCUCAAGCAGCUCCUGGAGCAGACCCCGGGUUCAGAUGAAGUCGCGGGGAGAGGGCAAUGGCGAAACGUCUCUGCCGAGCUGGUCUCUGCCCCGGCAGCCCCCAAGCCCUCCGCCGCGCCCGUGCGUGCCGGCACGCGCACCCUUGGCGGUGGCAUCACUAUCCAGCGUAAGCGCGACGACUCGGACUCGGACGAGUACGACUUGUAG